GAGAGCUUGCAGAUGAUCCCUUGAGAGCACUAGGAUGCCUGGCUGCUUUAAAAAGACAUUAUUUGCCUUGGCUUCUCUAAUAAGUUUUGUGUCUUUUAUCUUGAUUGUUGUUGCAAUGGGGACCCCAAAGUGGAUGACUGGAAAGAUCCUUUGCAAAACAGGAGCUGAUUUGGUCAAUGCCACAGAUCCAGAGCUGGUCAAGUUCAUUGGAGAAAUUUACUACGGUCUCUUCCGGGGUGGCAAAAUACGCCAGUGUGGCUUGGGCGGGCGGCGUUCCAAAUUCACGAUUUUCCCACACAUGGUGAAAAAGUUGAAUACAGGCCUGCAUGUGAUGAUCAUAAUGUUCCUCUGUGUGGCCAUUUUCUUUUCUCUGGUCAGUUUUGGAUUCUGCAUUCUUAACGCAAUAAAAGUUCCUUACCGGGCUAUUAAUGGUCCAGCAGGAGCGUGUCUUUGGAACUUCCUUGCAGGUGGAUUUGUAGUACUUGCGGUCACCAGCUUCAUGGCUGCUGUGAAACUUCAUCAUCUCACAGAAAGAAUUGCCAAUUUUCGGGAAAAUGUCUUUCAGUUUGUUAUCUUAGAAGAAUGCUUUGAAGACUGUUUUUGGAUUUGUGUGGCAAGUGCCACAGCACAUGUAGUGAAUUUGCUGCUAAUAGCCAUUAGUGGGAUUCAUUUCCCCAAAAUUAAGACUAAAACAGAAGAAGUGAAUGUUACAGCAGAAGAUAUCAUGUACUAACAAAUCUACACAAAACUAUCAAAUCAACUGUUGUGACAGGAACAGUUUCUUGGCUCUUCAGCCUUUAUUUUGGAUAGAUGAUUUAUUUAUAAACCUGAGUAAAGAUGUCAGUCUACAAUACCAGCAACUAACAUGUCUGUGAAAAAAAAGCUAUAAAUAUCAUUAUUCUCAAAACAGACUGAUAUCUUCAGUGAAUAUAUG